ACUAAUGAGCUCUCUUCCUGAAACAAUGUCUGAAACAGUCCCAGAUGCCUGGGAUUUUAAGGGUCGUCCUGCUCUCAGAUCCAAAUCUGGUGGAUGGACUGCAGCCGCCAUGAUUCUAGGUGGAGAAGCUAUGGAGAGAAUGACGACGUUGGGGAUUGUCGUGAACUUGGUGACUUAUCUGACAGGAACGAUGCAUUUGGGAAAUGCUUCAUCUGCUAACAUAGUCACCAACUUCUUGGGAACCUCCUUCAUGUUGUGUCUGCUCGGAGGUUUUGUGGCCGACACUUUUCUCGGCAGAUACCUCACUAUUGCCAUUUUCGCAACCGUUCAAGCCACUGGUGUUGCAAUCUUGGCGAUAUCAACAGUAAUCCCAAGUCUUCAUCCUCCAAAAUGCAACCCUAAGACAGACACCAAACCAUGUGUCCCAGCCAACGACAUGCAACUGACGGUUCUCUAUUUAGCUCUCUACAUUACCGCCCUUGGAACCGGCGGUCUGAAGUCCAGCGUCUCCGGGUUCGGGUCGGAUCAGUUCGAUGAAUCCGACAAGUCGGAGAAGAAACAGAUGAUAAGGUUCUUCAACUGGUUCAUCUUCUCCAUAAACAUAGGAUCCCUAGCUGCGGUGACAGUUCUUGUGUACAUUCAGGAUAACGUGGGAAGAGAAUGGGGAUAUGGGAUUUGUGCGUUUGCCAUUGUGAUCGCUCUUAUUGUGUUCUUGUCGGGUACAAGAAGGUACCGGUUCAAGAAACUGGCCGGCAGCCCGUUGACACAGAUCGCGGUGGUGUUCGUCGCCGCCUGGAGAAAGAGACACUUGGGUUUGCCAUCGGAUUCGUCGCUGCUGUUUAACGUAGAUGAUAUUGCAGAUGGAAAGAAGAAAAAGCCUAUGUUGCCUCAUACAGAGCAGUUCCGCUUCUUGGACAGGGCAGCAAUAAAGAACCCAGAAAUGCCUGAAGAAACAACGAAAGAGAGAAGAUGGUACCUAUCAACCCUUACUGAUGUUGAAGAAGUGAAACAGUUAAUAAGAAUGUUACCCAUAUGGGCCACCACCAUCAUGUUUUGGACAGUCCACGCCCAGAUGACCACAUUCUCGGUGUCCCAAGCAACCACCAUGGACCGCCACAUGGGAAAAUCCUUCGAGAUCCCGGCUGCAUCACUCACCGUCUUCCUGGUCGGAAGCAUUCUCCUUGUAGUUCUCAUUUACGACAGAAUCAUCGUACCCAUCACCAGAAAAUUUCUCAACAACCCUCAUGGAAUGACCCCAUUACAACGCAUAGCCGUUGGAUUAUUCCUUUCAAUCCUGGCCAUGAUUGCAGCAGCAGUCACCGAGACCAAACGGCUCCGUUCUGCACAAUCAAAUGGGUUUACAAAUCUUCCACAUGCGGCGAUUCCGAUGAGUGUGUUCAGGUUGGCUCCACAGUUCUUGCUGGUCGGAGCUGGGGAGGCAUUUACGUACUUAGGACAGUUGGAUUUCUUCCUAAGAGAAUGUCCCAAAGGGAUGAAGACAAUGAGCACAGGGCUUUUCUUAAGCACACUGUCAUUAGGGUUUUUCUUCAGCUCAGUGUUGGUGACGCUAGUUCACAAGGUGACAAGUCACACGAGGCCAUGGCUAGCAGAUAAUCUGAACAAAGGAAGGCUCUAUAACUUCUACUGGCUUCUGGCUAUUUUGUGCGUUUUGAAUUUUGCAGUAUACUUGUUUUGUGCAAAAGGGUAUGUGUACAAGGAAAAGAGACUCGCCGAGGAAGGCAUAGAAUUAUUGGAGGAAGACGAGCAAGAUGUUGCUUUUCAUGCAUAACAAGUUUUGGCUUAUCUCUAAGGCUUGGUUUGGAUGGACCAAAAAAAUGAGGGGAAAAUAGAGAGGAGAGAAUACUACAAAGAAGAACUCUCAAAAAUAUAGCAAGAAAAUUUAUUAUUUCUGAGAGUUUUUCCUCGCAGUAUUCUUUAUUUUCCUAUUUUUCCUUGUAUAUUCAAACGAAGUGACAAGGUCCUAGUUUCUUCUGUUAAACAGUUUAGGACUAAAAAAGGAAGAAAACCCAUUACUCUAAUAUAGAAUAGUCUGAAUUCUAUCCUCAGUACUAUAAUAAGUGUGUGUGGGGUUUAGUAUGCUUUAAUC